CUUCCCUUCCCUCCCGCCGCACGUAACUCGACGUCAUCCACGGAGCUUGCGAAGUUCGUGCCGAGCGACCGACCGACCGCGACGGAGCCGCCAGUCAUGAGAAAGCAGGUGACCUUUGUGGAGCAGCAAGAGCAGCGCGGCCACGGCAGCAGUCCGCACUCGGGGAGCCUGCGGAGAGCGGCGGCCAGCGGGUCUGCUGGACAUGGCUGCCUGCGGCAUGAGAAGCCCCCAGCUGAGUACACACCCGGACCACCACCAGAGCACAGGGUGGCAGUCAGGCUCCAGAGGCCCAUACCCGGCCCCUCCGCCUCGCAGCUGGACGCCCCCCUGCUGAAGACGGUGCACAUCCCCAAAUCCAUGAUGGCCGCCCCCUUCCUGCAGUACCCGGAAUUGACGGCAGGGCAGAAGAAGUACCUGUGCAGCAUCGCCAACAUCUACAGCACCGAGGGCAUGCGCGCGCUCAUCAGGCGGCAGUACGCCACCAUGCUGCCCGAGCGCACAAGUCACCAUGUCUUCCAUGAAAAUCGGUACCCCCAGAGGACGAGAAACGAGUCGACAGCCCAAAGAAUCACAAAAGCAGAAGUGGAGCACGGAGUCAAGCGCUUGGGAAGCUGCCCGGCACACACCCAGAUGGCUCAGCGGGGCAAAACCAUUCUUCCCAGGAUAGUGGACCACCGGCAGAGAAAGAAAACCAGCUCUGCAGCCACAUCUCAAAGCAAGACCAGAACGGCAAAUACCAGCAUAGAGACUUCCAAAUCUUUAAAAGAUACAUAUGGAAAGGAGAGCCCUGAAAAGGAGGACCUAAACCAGGAGGAAGAGUCACUGGAUAGUAACACCAGCAUCUUAGUGGUCGAGGAAAUGAAAGACAGCGACGCACAGGACGUCGACAACGGAAGUGUGAAUAAAGAAGACGGUGAAGCUGCCUGACCACAGCAUUACAAGGAGAGAGAAAAAAAAACCCCAAAGUGCUCAAUUUACUAAAUUGUAGAACCCAAUUUAAACUACAGAACAAGAGAAUUUCUGCUUAUAUUGCUAUUACAAUGUGCAAUUAGAGAGCAUAAAAUGUAUGUUUCAAUGUUACUCCCUAAAUGCACCUGCAACUGGUAUUUUUUCUCUAUUCAAUAUCUUAAUCAAAAUAAAUUUUAAUAUACUUAACACAACAUGAUAUUCUCAAACCCACUCUUGGUAACACCAGUUAACCCACCCUGGGCAGCUUUGGCAUAUGAGAGCAGAGCUGGUGCUGCCACUGAAAAGUCCGCACAAAAAGGGAGGAAGUGUAGUUGCCAGACAGACAAAGACAGCACUCUGGAUUAAAGCCCAGGUAAAAAAUCACCAACAUUUGUGCCACCAUGUCACCCUACAUGUAAUUAUUUAUAAUAAAUCCCCCAAAAUGUGUUUUUAAUAAAGGAAAAAAAAGGUCCUGGUAUUAGACAGUCACGUUUCUCUGUUACUUUUAACAAAGUUCUUUAAAGUCACUCACCAGCAGUAAUGACAUGUAACUGGUGACUCCUCUUUAGACUGCAUUUUUACCGUUAGUCAUCUUUUCUUUUUUCAUUCUCCAUUCACUGCUGUUUUGAAAUAAAACGCAAUACAUAAAAAAACAAGUAAAAAAAUCUUGUGAUAUGCAAGAUGCAGACAGAUACAGAAUUGAUUUCUUCACACUCAAGACCUUACUAUGUGUCAAUUAAUACAGCUUAGAAUUAAAAGCAUAUAAUGCCAUCAAUUCCUGACUGCACUGACUAAGAGCACAAUUUUGAAUAAAUAAGGGCUUCAGCCACAAGCAAGAAAUGCUCUGCAAUUAAGAAACAGUCAUAGCCACACUUAGGGAGAUCAAAUCAUAAACAGCUGCACAAACGUAAUAUUUAUUACGUUUACUUGGAGAACAACAGUAAAAGGCAUAAAGUUGUAUGGAAAACAAGUUAUUAAUUUACUAUUGCCUAACAGAGUGCCACAUACAGUUACUAACAUUUA